UUUAUACUCCUCUUCCCCCACCUCCACUCCCACUCCUCUCUCUCUCCCUCUCUCUCUCUCUCUUUCUCUCUCUAGAAUCUUCUCCUUCACUCUUCGUAGGAAUCGAUUCGACUCCGAAGAGAAGCGAAAGCGACCUGCUAGGGUUUCGACCAGAUCUGUCACCCUGAAGUGAGACUAUUUUGGAGACAGCUCAGAAGAGAAUUAAAAUCUUCAAGAGUUUUGCACAUUACAAAAUGGAGGGAGAGAUAGAUGUAAAUGCAAAGCUCGAUUAUGCCUCUUUCCAGAUAUCAUCAACCCAAAACAGGUAUGAGGUGGUUAUUUGCAGUAAAGGCAGAACAGAAAAGCUUGCAUCUGGUUCUCUUGAUCAGCUAUCGCAGUAUUUAUUAGAAGCAAAACAAUUUCAGUCUGAUUCAUCAAAUGGCACCUUUAUUUUAGAACCAAAGCGAGCACUUCGAGGUUCAUCUUGGUUCAACAAAUCCACCCUUGCAAUAUUUUUACAUAUUGUUGGCUCCCCUGAGGCUUUAUUAUCAGCCAGUGGAACUGUAAGCGAGAUGUCACAGUUGGAGGAAACUAGGAAGUUCCAUCUUUCUCUUUAUUCUAAGGACGAUUUGAACCACGUGGAUGUUGGAUUAGCAGGUGGCUUGUUGAAAGACAUAAGAGUGACUGAACAGAUGAGAGGCGAAACAAUUUCUUCGGAUGCUACAAAGAAUGAAUUGCUUCAAGCAUUGGAGUUGAGAUUGACAGCAUUAAAAGAAGAUAUGGUGACUUCACUCAAUCGAGCGGCUGGUUCCAUUUUGUCCACCAAGCACAUCUCUGAUCUAAUUGCAUUUUCUCAGCAUUUUGGAGCUAUGGAAUUACGGAAUUUGUUGGCGAACUAUCUGGCGAUGAUCUCUACCAACCAACCUGCAGAACUAUCACGUGGACCGUUACAGCUUUCUUAUGAUUCGAAAGAAAUGAAUGAAUAUCCAUUAGAGACUUCUCAGUCAUAUUCACAAGCUGGUAAUGCUGAGCAUGUUGUUAUCUCCCCAGCAAAACUUGCACAAGUUGAGCGUAUGAGCCCAACAGAGAGCGGCGAGUCUUCUGACUGGAGUGAUGAAGAUCAAAGAGCUGUCGAAAGAAGCCGUUCUUUUGUAAGAACUGCACCACACAGAAGAUCAGCCUCUCCAAUGAGACGAAUCCAGAUUGGUAGGUCUGGAUCCCGUAGGUCAACAGCUCUUACCAUUAAGAGCCUUAAUUUGUUCCCUGCAAGAGAAAGAAUUUCCAUUAACAGGGAUACUGAUGGCGACAAUGAAAAUGGUGACGAAGAAUUUGAACUGUCUACAAAGAAGCCUGAGAGCACAGUCAGAAUGAUGAGCGUCCGAGAUGCAAUCAGUCUCUUUGAGAGCAAACAAAAGGAUCAGAGUUCAGAUACACAGAAAAGAGCCUCGGGAGAUGCAUCUAACAGUACUAAUAAGUCUGUAUUGAGAAGGUGGAGUGCAGGUACAAGUGAUUCUUUGGCACAUCGGUCACAGGAAAGACGCUUAGAUGCUGCUUCUGAAAGCACCUCCUUUAAUCUACUUCCUGAGGAAGAGGAGAAGAAAGUAGUCGAAGUGAAUGUCGAAUCUGCUGCUCCAGAAAACAGUUUGGACCCACCUGAGAUUGUGAAAUCCCAAGUUGAUAUUUGCCCUCCAAUUAGUAGUCCAAUGGAUUUAGUGAAUUCACAACAGGAGGAAAUUGGUGGUCGAUCAACCGGUUCAGCUGAAUGGAACCGCCAGAGAGAAGCUGAACUUAAUCAGAUGCUAAUGAAAAUGAUGGAGAGUCAACCCGGCAAGCACAGAGACAUUAAUGAAAUCUUUGAUGAGCCAAAAGGAGAUUUCUAUGCUCCGUACAAGGAGAAAAGAGAUGAGAAACUUAAAGCUGAGAGCGUAGGAAAGCAAGCAACAAAGGAAGCACGAAAUAAAGUUCUACAGAAAACUCUUGGGCAAAGAAAAGCAGAGACGGCCAUAAAAAAGGACGAUACUACUAGAAAGAAUAUAUCGUUGACUCAUUCCCAAAGAGCAUGGCGAAACUCAGCUCCACCUGUCUUAUCCACGAAGGAGGCUUCAAAAACAGCUGCACCCAGAAGGCCUUCUCUAAAUUCUCCAUUGCCGCCAGCUGCACGUAGUUCAAGGUCAUCAGUACCGUCACCAAAAUCAAUGGGAGUUCAACCACAUAAAUCCUAUACUGGUUCCAUUUCGACGCGUCUCAAAAAGACGCAGACAUCACCUUCCUCAGUUCAGCCUAGUCCCAAAGCAGAGAGAUCUACACAGCAAGUAAAAGCCAAGAGAGGAACUUUGACUCAUAACAAGCCAGCCAUUGAAGGCAGAGGAGAUCCGAAGCUGAGUGCAGGGACAAAAUCUAGAAAUGCGAAAACUGUAAAUAAACCAGCUUUGGAUUACGACUCUAAUGCGACAGCAAAUCCAAAGUUCUCGAGCAGAGUCACAAAGAAGAGCAGUGGCAUACCAGUUGAACAAAAGACCUUAUUGAGAAAAGGCGCUGGAACUGGUCCUGCAGUAUCCCCUUCUUUAGGCAAAAGCAAAGAUUCUUGAGCUGAUGAUUCUCACAAAACCGAUGCUUCUGUCACAACUAAGGCAAAUACUAAGGUAUCAGAGAUUGUUCUUGCUCAAACAGCAAAUGUUGUUGAUGCAAAUUUACAAAUUUCACUAUAUAAUGACUUGAAUAUUCAAAUGACAGAGAUUCUGGACCAGAGUUUAGCUGCAUCAGAAGAUAGGCUUGGAUAAGGAGCUAGUCAAAGUUUCUGCAGCUGAGAUCCAACAAGAUUACAACAAUACCGGCAUCUCCACAUCUGCAUGGGUGGAAGUCGAACAUCACGGAGUUCCUUUUUCAUGUGAAAAUGGCUUGUUAAUUAAUGCUGUUUCCAUGGGGGUCGCACCAAUUUCAUCAAUAAUCCCUGGGAUCCAACAUUCACAAUCGCAGAUGGUUGAAGCUGACUGUAAUGAACCGGAAAUCGUUGAGUGGGGAAAUACAUAGAUUCCUCCUUGAUCUAUCAGAGAGAUGCUCCCCAAGGAUUGAGGAGGCUGUUGAAGUUUGCCCAGAAGAGUAAGUGAGAGGCAAAUGUGACUGAUUUGGUUGGCCCAUGUAUUUUCUCCAAAAGAGAGAAUGAUCUCCAGGAUUCUAAAGGUGCAAAUAUGAAGAACUUGGGCUCGUUAUCAGGGCAAAGCUUCCCAACAAUCAAAGGGCAAUGGUUGUCAGAAGACCCUGUUGAGUGGAAAUUUUGAUUGUGGAAAUUUAAGCGAGAGGGAGAUUGACAUCUGUGGGAUGCAUGAGAACUUAUCAGGUAAAUGCUCAUCAUUUUGCAUUAAAUUUGGGCUUUCACUGUUAGUGUAUAUUGUUCAUCUUUCCAACAAGCAUUCUGAUCCAUUGAAAGGCUGUACGUAUCAUAUUUUCCUUUAGCAUUCUUAGGAUUACAACACCUUUGCGAACCUCAUGUCGCACAUUAGUCCUACAUCCGAAGAUGUUUGGGAUUAGGGAAGUAGGGAAGUACUUUAUAAAUAUGAAGAUUAACAUGAUAGUGCUUGAAACUUGGGCUUAUGCAUUUUGUGCUACAUGUAUAAGACUUGCUCCUUCAAGUUAUUUGCUAGGCCAGUCUACCCCUAGUUGUACCAGUAUGUGUGGCUACUUGACUCCGCAUCCUAAGUGUUACCCUCGAUCAGAUGGAAGAUAGAAGCCCAAGUGCGACGGCAACAUCAUACGAUAGCCAAAAUCCUACCUGGACGUGUAAUGGAAGGUUACAGGUGCAAAUCCCACUUAUAAGGAUGUUAGAAUUAAAAUGGGGAAGUUUUCAGGCUCUAGUAAUCCCACAUCUGAUGAUUGCCUGGAAAAAUAAUUGGUCUAUAUUCCUGGACAAACUUGGGCCCAAGUAUUUUGAGCCUUGUUCUACUUGCAAAUAAUUGUUGGCUAGGUUUUCGCCAGCGCACUUUCUGUUGGGUUACCUUUGGCAAGCCCCAAGGUCCAAUAUUUACAAAGUUUUAGCGCACGGAGCAUCACAAACAGAGAUGAGACGGACCAGGCGGCCCAUCAGAAGAGAAUGUAGGGCGUAAGGACUGAAAGUUGACCAGCGGUUAAAGAGCCUACUUAAAGGUACAUUUUCUCCCUAUAUGGUUUUGCUAAAUUAGAAUCAUUCUGCAGCGCAAUCCGCUAUCUGCUUCAGUUCAUUAUGUUAUGAGAUGUUGUGGGAAUCGCAUGCUCCCUCACCUAAAGUUCAGCUACAUUCCACUGAAACUAUGUAAAAAAUCAUCUCCUUUUUUUUUUUAAUGUGUUAGCCCCUAGUUUCAGCUUCAUUAGUCUUAUUCAAUCUUACACUAUAUUCCUGAAUCUUGCACUUGAGGAAAAUCUGAUGAUCGGUGUUUCCCCUCAUCGAUGUCAGGUGUGUAGAUGCCAUCUCUGUUUCAAAAAUUGAUGCACUAUCCGGUUUUCGCUGUUGUUUUGCUAAAAAAAACUGGUUAUAUCGUUGUUG